ACUACCACCGAUUCAUUCAUUUGAUUCGAAUAAAUUUUGCACUCCCACCGCACCACCUCCCUUAUUUUCUCUUCCCUCUCUCCUAUAAUUUUUCUUCUUCUUCUUCUUCUUCUUCAUCUUCUUCUUCUUCCUCUUCCUUUUCGUCGGUUACCGCUCCAAAACCCUUCCAUCCCUCUCUCCCCUCUCUCCCCUCUCUCCCCUCUCCCCCAUAUAUUUCUUCAUCCUCUUCCUUCUUCAUUCUCUCUCUUUUUCUUCUUCUGCAUAUACCAUCUUCAAGGAUCUGGAGAUGAUAUUUCCUCUCAUCUGAUACUGCCCAAUUCACUUCCUUCUUCAGGCUGUGAACCCUCAUUACUGUUGGUAUUUUAAAUUUCACAUUAUCUGAAGUCCACCAGUUCUCUGGAGAAAAUGUUGGGUGGCAACAAUGGCAAUGGCUUGCUUCCCGUUUUCCAGGAUGAAAAUCGAAAUCAAUAUCAAACUAAUGCUUCUGGCCAGCUGCAGUUGUUUGGGAGUGUGCCUGUUAGCUGUGGAAUUGAGCCUGUUAAUUAUUUUGGAAGUGAGCAAUUGGCUCAUAUGCUUCGCCCUAACAAAAGAAGUAGGGAGAUAGAGGAUUUCUCAUGGCAGCAGAAGCUUCAGAUUUCCUUAAAUUAUAAUGCCUGUCAAGAUGAUGCUGAUCGUUCAGCAAGCAUUAGAAACCCAAAUGCUGUAUCAACAGGCUUGAGGCUAUCGUAUGAUGAUGAUGAACACAACUCCUCAGUUACCACUGCAAGUGGAAGUAUGGCAGCUGCACCUUCCAUCAUCUUUUCGCUUGGUGAUAAUAUCAGGACUGAGAUUGAUAGACAGAAGGAAGAAUUCGAUCAAUAUAUUAAAAUUCAGGAGGAACAUUUGGCAAAGGGUAUUAGGGACAUGAAGCAAAGACAUAUGGCUUCCUUUCUUAGUGCGAUUGAGAAAGGAAUUGGAAAGAAACUACAUGAGAAGGAUGUAGAAAUUGAGAGCAUGAACCGUAAAAAUAGAGAACUGGUGGAGAGAAUAAAGCAGGUUGCCACUGAAGCCCAAAAUUGGCAUUGCAGAGCAAAGUACAAUGAAUCAGUAGUGAAUGUCCUGAAAAACAAUCUUCAGCAUGCUAUCUCGCAGGGUGCCGACCAAGCGAAGGAAGGGUUUGGAGAUAGUGAAGUGGAUGAUGCUGCCUCACACAUUGAUCCAAACAAUUACCUUAAUGUUCAUGGUGGGACUAUGAAAUCUUCAACCAGCAAUUUACCAGGUUUCAAGGAGCACAUGAUUUGCAAAGCAUGCAAGGCUAAAGAGGUUUCCAUCCUACUUAUGCCUUGCAGACAUUUAUGUUUGUGUAGAGAUUGCGAUGGACUUGUAAAUGUCUGUCCUGUCUGUCAGUUGAUCAAAACGGCAGGUAUCCAAGUGUACUUGUCCUAAAUUAAAAUCUUUACCAAAGCGCCAAAGAAAAUCUUGUUUUCCUUCCGUCUGUAUGAUAUAUACCUGCACUAUUUUUCAAAAUCACUCAAGUGAACGCUGGUGUUGCUCGUUUGGAAAAUUGAGUUUGAAUGGUUGAAAACCUGGGGCCAUAUCGUACUCCUUGUCUUAGCAUG